UAAACAACUGGGUUAUGCUGUUUACCACAAGCAGUGUGACACUGAAAAGGGACGGUGGAGCUUGUUGUUCAGGUGAUCUGAUCUGUAAGAGUGCUCGACGUUUUGGGAAAGAUGAACUGCGCUCAGUUUGCUGUGCUGGUGGUGUGCUGCUGCUGCGCUCUCAGCGCGGAUGCCCGACCUGCGCGUUUGCGCUCGCGCCCUUUGGACAAUUCUGAGACCUGGAACAACGUCAUGGUUAUGGCUAAACACGCGCAAGCGCAAGACCGAGACCAUGAGACUCGCCUGAUUCCGGUGAUGUCGAGCGACAAAUUAAAAGACGGGGAUGUUUGCUGCGUCAAUGUCAAAAUCCUUGAUUACUACCUCAAGCACAUUUUGGAUGGUCAGUCUCGUGAAGGUGGGGAGCGCCAAUAUCCUCGCCUGCAUCUGGUGAAGCCUGAUCUGCACAGAGUGGCUAGAGACCUGGAACCACAUUGUAACUCCACACAGACUGACCUGGAGCACUUGAACACUUUCACACAGAACCUCAAAAGAGCUGGAGAGAUGUAUAAGAAUAAAACCAAAGCACAGAACAAGGCGAUUGGGGAGACUGACAUUCUCUUCCAUUACCUGUACGAGUCAUGCAGGGCCAUCAGCGCAUCUUAGACCUGCUCAAAAGCCUCUUCAAUGUGUUCACAGAAAUGGGGUACUGAACUGUACCUUUUCUUGUCGCUGAAGUAAUGCACCCAGGGUUAAAUCUGUUGAAUCUUUACUCUGUAUUUUUCACCUAGGAAGGUGGAUUUACUCUUAAAGCUAAUUGUUGUCCAAUUAUGCACCUUAAAACUUUUUUUUAUUAUUAUUUAAAGCUGCACUAUAUCUGCUGGUGAAAGAUGCAAAAGGUACAGGUACAAAAGAUUUAUCCUUUAAGGGUAGCACCACAUCGACAAGGAAAGAAUUAUUUUUUUAUUUUCUGAAUAUGACAUGGACUAAGGGAAUAUGCCUUCUGUUUCUUUUUUACCAUGAAAAGUGUUUUAAACAAUUUGACAAAUUAUUAUUUAUUAUGUUUUAUUUAUUAGCUUUAUUUAUUCAACAUUACGUGAUGACUAUAAAUGAUUAAACUUUGUAUUGACAGUAUAGGCUCCACACAAUGUGUGUACAGGGUCCUUAUGACCUAAAGCCACACAAGUGGACACCAACAUAACUGACUUGGAUCGAACUUCCAAUGCCAGAGUAAGAAAAUGUAAAUGCAUUGUAAAAGCAUUCUUCUUUUAUUUAUUUUUAUUUUUUUUUACUUUUUGCAAUUAUUUUGAAAUGAAAUAAUUUAGCUAUGCUUUAAAAACAGAGUUGUAUACCUGUUGGCAUAUAUGUUUUCAACAUAUUUAUUUGCCUAUUCACAAUAAAAGCUUU